GCCACGCGAGGGAGGAUGAGCUCGAUAACGAUUUCCGCCAGAGUCGAGUCACCUGUCUCCCCUUCGUCGAUUCACCCGCAACGCUCGUGCUAGUCAUCCUGUCUCCCCUUCGUCGAGUCCCUCUCUUGUAUUAUAGCCCCCGCUUCAUGUCUACUUCCACGCGAAAAAUCAGAGCGGCGGACGGGCUGCUCAGGACGGUGUAUUCCCCCGGUGAAGCAAUAUUACCCAAGGAGGGCGAGCGCAACGUCCUCAUCACGUCCGCCCUGCCCUACUGCAAUAACGUCCCGCAUCUCGGGAAUAUCAUCGGAAGCACGCUCAGCGCGGACGUCUUUGCAAGAUAUAACCGCACACGAAACCGCAGAACCCUCUACGUCUGCGGCACCGACGAGUACGGCACCGCAACCGAGACCCAGGCCCUCAAGGAGGGCGUCACACCUAAAGAGCUCUGCGACAAGUACAACGAGCUCCACCGGGAGACAUACAAGUGGUUCGAGAUCGGCUUCGACUACUUCGGCCGCACGUCAACGCAGCAGCACACCGAGAUCGCGCAGAGUAUAUACCUCAACUUGAAGCACAACGACUACCUCGAACGGCAGACGAAAGAGCAGACGUACUGCGAGGGGUGUAAAAAGUUCCUCGCCGACCGGUUCGUCGAGGGCAAGUGCCCGCACUGCGGCGCCGACGACGCCCGCGGCGACCAAUGCGACUCGUGCGCGCGCACGCUCGACGCGAUCGACCUCAUCUCCCCGCGCUGCCUCAUCGACCGCACGCACGCCGUCACCACGCGCUCCUCCGAGCACAUGUACGUCAAGCUCGACAAACUCCAGCCUUUGACCGAAGCGUGGAUCAAAAAAUCGUACAAAGAGGGCAGGUGGAGCGCGAAUUCGGUUAUCAACGCGGAGGGCGAGCUGGUCGAUGCGCGGUUGAAGGGGGGGUUGCGGCCGAGUCCCGUGACGCGGGAUUUGCAGUGGGGGGUGCCGGUCCCGAUCGAGGGGCCGGAGGACGAGGCGAUGCGGGGCAAGGUUUUGUACGUCUGGUUCGACGCGCCCAUCGGGUACCCGAGCAUCACCGCCAACUACACGCCCGAGUGGAGGCAGUGGUGGUUCAACCAGCAGCACGUGCGCCUGUACCAGUUCAUGGGCAAGGACAACGUCUACUUCCACACCAUCUACUGGCCCUCCAUCCAGCUCGGCGACGGGCGCCCGUGGACGACGCUCCACCAUCUCUCCACCACCGAGUACCUGAACUACGAGGGCGGCAAGUUUUCGAAGAGCCGGAACCGCGGCGUGUUCGGGCCCGCCGCGAAGGAGACGGGGAUACCGUCGCCCGUGUGGAGGUUCUACCUGCUGUCGGUGCGCCCGGAGACGUCGGAUGCGAUGUUCUCGUGGGAUGAAUGCAUCGCGGCUAACAAUAAUAUCCUGCUCAACAACUUUGGCAAUUUCGUCAACCGCGCGCUCAAAUUUAUCGCGAGCCAAUACAACAGCACCAUCCCGGACGCAGGCGACGCCCCGGGCCCGCUCUCGCCCAACGACCCCGCCGACGCGGCCUUUAUCGCGGACGUCAACGCGCUCCUGCGCGACUACACCGACGCGAUGGACGCCGUCAAGCUGCGCCUCGGCCUGCAGACCGUCAUGGCGCUCUCCAGCCGGGGCAACACCUAUCUCCAGGCCUCCGGGCUGAACAAAACGCUGAUGGCGGAGAACCCGCGGCGCUGCGCGCAGGUCGUCUCGCGCGCGGCGAACUUGAUAUACGUGCUCUCCGCGCUCGUCCACCCGUUCAUGCCCGCGACGGGCGACGCGAUCCUCGCGCAGCUGAACGCCCCCGCGCGCUCGGUGCCGGAUGUGCUCGGCGUGGAUCUGCUGCCCGGGCAUGUGAUCGGGACGCCGGCGCAUCUGUUCACGCGGAUCGACGAGAAGAUGGCGGAUGUGUUCCGCGCCAAGUUUGGCGGGCUGCCCGGGGGCAGCCCGGCGGCGGCGGCGGCGGAGGUGAAGGCGGACGCGACGCAUGUGGCGCCGGGGAUGUCGAAGCGCAAGGCGGCGGCGGCGGCGAAGAAGGCGAAGGCGGACGGCGCGAAGGCGGAGGGCCCCAAGAGCCCCGAGGUGCUCGCGUGGGAGCAGAAGGUCGCGGAGCAGGGGAAUGUGGUGCGGGAGCUGAAGGCGCGCGCGCCAAAGACGAAGGAGGUGGAGGAGGAGAUUGCGAAGAGUGUGGAGGCGCUGAAGAAGCUCAAGGCGGAGUUGGCGGACCUGCAGAAGCAGUCGUAGUUUUGUUUUUCUGUUCGUCACGGAAAUUGUUUUAUAUCGGCCUGCGUAUUUCAUUCAUCUGUUUGCAUGCAAUAUACAGGUCUACCACUGCAAUUCCCC